AUGGAGUCAUACGAUAAGAACAUCUCCGAGAUUCCUUUCGCUCUCACUAUCUUAGAACCCUCCGAUGUCCUCCACGGCUUUCCGGAAGACGCGAAAUCUUCGGAGGCCUUUGCCGACAUUGUGUUUGCAGACCAAGAUGAAAUGAGCUCGAACGAAGAAUGGUCGUGCAACACUAUGUUCAAGACUGCUUCCUCCAAGGAGACCAUGGGAAGCUCCCCGCUUGAUGAAUGUUUUCUCCACUCCAUCGCUAACAGGAAGCGAUGCCGAAACUGGACAGACACGGACCGAGCAAAGCACAGCAUCUACUGCAAGGGAAAGUCCAGGCUGUCCAAGGAGGAGAAAUAUCACAUCAUCAAGAUGUGGGAGUCCAAGGACGACAGCUCGAGCUUGCAGCUCACUCAGUCACAGAUCGCAAAGCUCUUCGAUAAGAGCAGGUCUGCCAUUUCCAAGAUCCUCAGCCCCAAGAACGUGGAGAAGAUCAAGCUCGAGUACGAGGCCUCUUAG